AUGAUCUCUGAGAUUUCCAAUUUAUUUCGAGCAAGAGCCAGCGUCUUUCGAUGUCCUGUCCUCCAAGAACGUUUUCUGCGGUCCGCCACUUCAUCACAGAAUCCGCUCGUUCAAGUAGAUUUGCCUGACAAACUUUUCAGGUUUGCCCUUUUCUUCUUUUCUUUCUGUAAGAAAAGUUUCAGCUCAAUUGAAGUCGAGUACCGAGGUCACGACAGGGAAGUCUUGAAAUCGUAUUCCAUUUUUCUUGAGGUUCUUUUUUUAAAUGUUUAUUUGAUUUUGUUGCUGUAGUCUCUUGUAUAUCAGAAGAGAUUUCUUGAUGACUCUUGAGUUUAGGAAGUGUGCAGAGGUUUCGGCAUCACUAAAGGAAGACUCGAAGUUCUACCCUAUAUCAGGUGAUCUUGAGUUCGCUUUUUUGAUAACGCUAGGUGAAAUGCUUUUGUACCUAUCUUUUUGAAGAUGGGUCCAGCCAGCUCUACGAUCAAAGUUCGUUCACAAGAAGUACAAGCUGCACUAUGAAACGCGAACGCAUAUAACCAAGUUCGAGGUUCCGUUUUCAUAUAAAAAGUUUUUAGGAAAAAUUUGGAGAAAAUUUCGCAGAAAGCAGCGACUUCAGUAGCAAGAAAAAUCAGGCUUCAGGCGAAAAAAUGUUUUUUAUAUGUCGAACUGAAAAAACCUAAUGAAAAAAUUGGGACUAUGAAACCUUAUGAAGGUAAUUUCAGAAGUAUGUGAGAAUAAUUCAUCCAUGCAUUAAAAAAUAUUCUUAAAACAUACCUAGGUACAUCAGCAGGUAAGACGGUUUUUGAACUCAGGAAAACUAACAGUUGAUCAGCAGGGAACAGAUAAGUUUUCGGCAGAUUUCUAUCAAAGUCUCUGGGAUAUUUCGUUGACCAGGAUUUCAUAUGCACAAGUUAUAUAACUCCAUUCAAACGCGGACUCUCUUAGGUUCUCAACUUGACGGGAAGCACGGCGUCGACUUUUCUGGAGUACAUACAACGAAACAUCCCCGAAGGCGUCGGAAUGCGCGUCGGCUUCGUCGAAAGACAGCCUCUGCCUCUCACUAUCAGUGCUCCUCAAUAG